CACAGAAAACGUCCAUGGCGUAUAUUGACCUUGCUUCGUGGCAAGGUUAUGUCUCUUCCUGCAGCUUUGGUCGACCAGAACGUCUGUAUUGUUCCAUCGUUCACUCUUGAGAAUGGGAGGAUAUUGCGGGAGGUCCCGGUCGCCUACAAGACUUGGGGCAAGUUGAAUGACGUUAGGGACAACGUUAUGAUCAUUUGCCACGCAUUCACUGGCAGCGCAGAUGUAGAAGAUUGGUGGGGCCCUCUUAUCGGACACGGGAAGGCCUUCGACCCCAAUCGAUUUUUCAUUUUCUGUGCCAAUGUUAUGGGCUCACCAUAUGGAUCGGCUUCUCCUGUAACAACUAAUCCAGCUACGGGAAAACCUUAUGGUCCAGAAUUCCCUCAGACAACGAUACGCGAUGACGUGCGACUGCAUAAACUCGUCCUUGAUAAUUUGGGAGUUUCCAAUGUCGCUGUAGUCAUUGGAGGCUCCAUGGGUGGAAUGGCCGUUCUUGAAUGGCCUCUGUGCACCCCCCCAGGUUAUGUCCGUCAUAUAAUUCCUCUGGCUACUUCCGCGCGGCACUCCGCUUGGUGUAUCAGUUGGGGAGAGGCACAACGCCAAAGCAUUUAUAGCGAUCCGCUUUACGACGAUGGAUACUACGACACACAACCUUCAACUGGUUUAGCUGCUGCAAGAAUGGCCGCACUUCUAACUUAUCGAUCGCGUGAUUCUUUCGAGACUCGCUUUGGACGUCGCCCUCAAGCUACUCCUGUCCCGGAGUCUACCACUGUCACACCUUCUUUUAUUACAUUUACUGAUAAGGACCUCGCUGCUCAUAACGAGGGUCACAAAAAAGCGACCCGCACACGCCCCCAAACUCGAACCUCAACCGCAUCAUCUCCGCCCCAUUCUCCAACAGAAGGGCCGAACAGCAUGGAGCCUAACUCACCCCCUCCACUUUUUUCAGUGCAAUCGUACUUGCGUUAUCAGGGCGCGAAAUUCGUGGCGCGCUUUGAUGCUAAUUGCUACAUCCAUAUUACCCGCAAGUUGGAUACGCAUGAUAUUGCUCGAGGACGGACUUCCAUUCUCGAAGACCCUCUAUCACCGACAGCACAAUCAACCGCUCUUGCUGCUGUCAUUGCAACCCUCCCUCCGCGUGCAUUGGUGAUCAGCGUCGAAACGGACGGCUUGUUCACUCCUUCUGAACAAAAGGAGCUUGUAACACACAUACCCGAUGCAGAACUUGUAGUCAUCCCAUCGCCUGAUGGCCAUGACGGCUUCCUCCUUGAAUUCGAGCAGAUCAACACGCAUAUUCUUAGAUUCCUCAGGAGGGAGUUUCCAGAUUUAUAUGAGAAAGAUGAGGAGGAUGUUCCUGAGGGGGACUUCGCAAUCAAGAAGACGAGCCUGUUUGGAGAGGCAGAGGCAGAUAUUACAAGGUGGUAGGGGUCGCGCAACCGAUUCAUGUCUCGUGAGGGAGAAGUGUCUAAACUGUUCUCCGGUGUUCUGGGUAAAGCAAUAGAUGGGGGCAUGUCCACUAGCCCCAGAUACCAUCAAUACAAGUCGAAUACACGCAUUAGGUAUCAUGAUGUAUAGGUUUAAGAGAAACCUUUGUGAUCAUAUAUGCAUAUGGUGUGUGUUUGAUUGUGGCCAAU